CGAUCAAUACUCAAGGUUAAGUAAAUACACAUGAGCGUUAAAAUUGUCGUUUAACUAAAUAAUGAUAUAUAUUGUAUGACAAGUAAGAGCAAUAUGGAGGUGUCGGGUAGAAAAGACUGUAAUAAACAAGACAAGCUUUGUAAGCCUUGUGAAGAUCGGGAAUUAGCAACAGGAGCGGAUGGUUUCUGUAUGGAGUGUGAGGAAUAUAUGUGUCAAACUUGUUUUGAGUCACAUAAACAAUGGAAGAUAUGUAGAGGUCAUACAAUGACAAGUUCUGAAGGGCCAAUGGUGAAAGAAGAACGAAGAGACGAUUUUGAAAAGUGUAAUCAGCACUUAAAUGAAUUUAUAAAAUUCUAUUGUCCAGAACAUGAGCAAGUUGGAUGCGGCGACUGUAUGAUUCUUGAACACAAAACUUGCAAGGUCGAGUACAUUCGUGAUAAAGCAAGUACGUUUAAAGAGAGUAAGGAUUUUAUUGACUUAGUUAAAGGAGCAGAGAAAUGUCACAUUGAAGCAAAAGAAGUAGCAUCAUCUAUUAGGAAUAACAAGAUUCAAGUUGUAGAUAUCAACCAAAAGUUCACCGGAGACGUCGAAAUGUUCAAAGAAGAAAUGUUUUCUCACAUCACCAAACAAACAAACGCCAUGUUAAAGAAAGGAGAGGAUGUAAAGGAAACGGAUAUGAAGAAAAUGGAUAAGCUAAAAAACGAAAAUGAAGGAUUGAUCAAUGAAGUAUCGCUUUUGAGUGAAUUAUUUGAUUCAUUGAUUGACACACCUAAUAAACUCUUUGCUAGAUCAAUACUAAAAAAACCUAAACUUAACAGACUUCGCGAACAACUUAACAAUAUUAAGGAGAGAAACAAAAUUACAGUGUACGAAUUUCAACGUGAUGGUAACUUGGAACGUUCCGUAAAAGAUUGUCAACAACUUGGAAAUAUACAAACAAACAGGCAGAUCAAUGAAAAGGAUUUGCAAGAUGAAGUAAGACCAAAGAAAACAGACCAGCCUGACCAAGCCCCUUUACUCCCGAAAUACCAGCCUUUGCUGGAGAGACAACUGAUCUGCAGAAACAGUGCUGUUGGUGAAGAAUGUCUAAGUCACGCGGAUAAUGGAAGUGGUGAUGUUGGACUGUCUGUGGACAAAACAGUCGACAACUUCAAUGAAGUAGAGAUAUCGAACUUGGGCCAACGUGGCACUAUUGAUGUAAAAGAAGACAUCAAACGAAAAGAAAGAACCCAGCUGCCUCAAGUCCCUGUGCCCAAGAAACCCCAGCCCUUGCUGGACAGACAACUGAUCUGUAGAAACAUUGCUGUUGAUGGUGAAUACCUCAGGUAA